GGCUGGCCCAGUUCCCAGUGCGGCCACUUGAGCCUGGUCUGGCCCCAGCGACCGCCAACCCUGGUUCUCCCCCGAUCUCAUCACCAAACAGAAUUGCUCCGACUGCGACAGCCGCUGCCGCCAACAACACUGCAUCAUGGAAUCUGGAAACUGGACUUUGAUUGAAAGCGAUCCCGGUGUAUUCACAGAGCUGAUCGAGGGCUUUGGCGUGCCGAACUGCCAAGUCGAGGAGAUCUUUGAUCUGGAGCAGCUGGAUGAUAUCAAACCUGUCUAUGGGCUCAUCUUUCUGUUCAAGUAUCAGCGAACACCGCCCACGGGCACUCUCGAUCCCUCCGAGUCGGUGUUUUUCGCUCAGCAGGUUAUCAACAACGCAUGCGCAACGCAAGCCAUCCUGUCGAUCCUCAUGAAUAGUCCCAUCGAGCUUGGACCAAUGCUCUCCGAGUUCAAGACCUUCACGAGCGAGUUUCCGCCCGAUCUCAAGGGAUUGGCCAUUUCCAACUCGGACCAAAUCCGAACGGUUCACAACAGCUUUGCUCGGGCCGACCCUUUCAUUCUCGACCAGUCGCAUCAGCAAGACGACGACGAGGAUGUUUUCCACUUCAUCUCGUAUCUGCACAUCCACGGCUGUCUCUACGAGCUGGAUGGCCUCCAACCCGCGCCGAUCAACCAUGGACCAUGCACCGAAGGAACGUGGACUGACGCCGUCAAGCCGAUCAUCCAGUCGCGCAUCGCCCGGUACUCGAGCCAAGAGAUCCGCUUCAAUUUGAUGGCCCUCAUCAAGUCACGCACCCAGGUCUACCAACAGCAGCUCGAGACGAUCCAGGAACAGCUGGACAGUGCCGAUGUCGAUAGCGAGGUCAAGGAGCUUCUUGGAGCCGAGAGGCACGACCUGGAAGCUCGCCUGCAGAGCGAGACCGCCAAGCGGAGCCGAUGGCGAAAGGAGAACGAGCGAAGGCGGUUCAACUAUAUUGGCUUUACAUUUGGGCUGAUCGAGGAGCUUGCCAAAAGCAAUCGAUUAGGCGAGAUUCUCGGCCGCCAAACAAAAGAAGCCAUCUGAGCGAGCCUCUCCCAACGAUAACGAGGGUCGGGGGCCCAGAGGAUCGGCGCGAUGAUGGCGACGAUGAUGGUGAAAGCGAUACAGCGGAUAUGCGAUCUGGCGUCUGCGGUUGCGGUUGCGGGCGAUAUCCAAGAUGCCUGUGCUGUUGGACGAUC